AAUCCAAUCGCCUCCCUGAAAUUGCUCUUAUAUCGGUCGAGGAAGAGGAAGAAGAAGAAGAAGAAGAAGAAGAAGCCAGAAGAUUACAGCAAUGGCAUACGUCGAAGGAGGUGUUGUUAAAGCUAAGCGAUCAAUAUGGAGACUAAGGACGAUCAAAGAUUUCUUCUUGUCAAUCAUCAACCUGAUACAAGUCUUCUUUAUAACCAUGUUCUCGAUGGAGAAAUCAGAUUCCUACAGGAAAGGCUCUGGAGCUAACAAGAAGUGGGAUGGUGGCCGACCUGGUGGUGGUGGAGGGGGAGGUGGUGGUGGCGGAGGUGGAGGUGGACGCCCUGGACCUCCUCGUGGGGGCCUCGACAAUGUGCGUGGCUUGAAUGAUAUCCGUGGAGCUGACCACAAUUCUCUACCGGCGUGUGGCUCGUGCUGCGGCUGAGACUUUGUUUGUACAGAGCGCCCAAGAAUAAAUGAGGGGAUCUAUAUAUAUACUUAUAUAGUGUUGAAAUGGUGCUCUGGAGUUUGAGAAAGCAACAUACCGUGAUCUUAUCAAGCUUUUUGUAUCUAGUCACUGGGAACAUUUAAAGUUGGAAAUUUGCCUUAACUAGUUCGUACUUUUCAUGCAACAUAAUUACAUAUUGGGAUGAAACCAUUGAAAAGUUUAUGUAUUAACUCGUUU